ACUGCUCACUGUUUGUCUGUAGCUGGAACCAGUGUCCAAAGCGCCAUCCAGAUUCUCUCUGCAGCGGGGACGAGCACGGAAAUCCAUUCAACAUGUGUGAUGACGAAGAGACUACCGCACUGGUGUGUGAUAACGGUUCCGGUCUGGUGAAGGCUGGGUUCGCCGGUGAUGACGCCCCCAGAGCUGUCUUCCCCUCCAUUGUCGGUCGCCCUCGCCAUCAGGGUGUCAUGGUCGGUAUGGGUCAGAAAGACUCCUACGUGGGAGAUGAGGCCCAGAGCAAGAGAGGUAUCCUGACCCUGAAAUACCCCAUCGAGCAUGGCAUCAUCACCAACUGGGAUGAUAUGGAGAAGAUCUGGCACCACACCUUCUACAACGAGCUGCGUGUGGCCCCUGAGGAGCACCCCACCCUUCUCACAGAGGCCCCCCUGAACCCCAAGGCCAACCGUGAAAAGAUGACCCAGAUCAUGUUUGAGACCUUCAACGUCCCCGCCAUGUACGUGGCCAUCCAGGCCGUGCUGUCCCUGUACGCCUCCGGCCGUACCACCGGUAUCGUGCUGGACUCUGGUGAUGGUGUGACACACAACGUGCCCAUCUAUGAGGGUUACGCUUUGCCCCACGCCAUCAUGCGUCUGGAUCUGGCCGGUCGUGAUCUCACCGACUACCUGAUGAAGAUCCUGACUGAGCGUGGCUACUCUUUCGUCACCACAGCUGAGCGUGAGAUCGUGCGCGACAUCAAGGAGAAGCUAUGCUACGUCGCCCUGGACUUUGAGAAUGAGAUGGCCACCGCUGCCUCCUCAUCCUCCCUCGAGAAGAGCUACGAGCUUCCCGACGGUCAGGUGAUCACCAUUGGCAAUGAACGUUUCCGCUGUCCAGAAACUCUCUUCCAGCCAUCCUUCAUUGGUAUGGAGUCCGCUGGCAUCCAUGAGACCGCCUAUAACAGCAUCAUGAAGUGCGACAUUGACAUCAGGAAGGACCUGUACGCCAACAACGUCCUGUCUGGUGGCACCACCAUGUACCCUGGUAUCGCUGACCGUAUGCAGAAGGAGAUCACCGCCCUGGCUCCCAGCACCAUGAAGAUCAAGAUCAUCGCUCCCCCUGAGCGUAAGUACUCCGUCUGGAUCGGUGGCUCCAUCCUGGCUUCCCUGUCCACCUUCCAGCAGAUGUGGAUCAGCAAGCAGGAGUACGAUGAGGCCGGUCCCAGCAUCGUCCACCGCAAGUGCUUCUAAGUUCUCAGCCUCUACUGGACCAAGCUUUCGCUCAGGAAUUCACCAUCGCCAGUUUCUGAGCUGUUAUUAUUUUAUAACAGCUGUUUCCUUCCUCCUAGUUUACAAACACACCAACGUCAGGGGGUUAAAAUCAAGGAAUCAUGCUGACUCUGUUGUGUGGAGAUGAUUUACCAAAGACUGUAAUGUUGAUUUUAUGUGAAAGAACCAGGUCACCGCAUUAUUGGCACCAACCAUCAGUGUCAGUAAGCUAUUAAAGCAGUGUGAAACUGACAUUUACGGGGUUGGAUGGGGCACAAUAAGGCCCGGGGGAACAAACUUGCCAUGCUUCAACAAUGCAAAGCUUCCUUUUAAAAUAGCUCUACUGUCCAUCUGAUUGCCUCAAGUCGUUUUUCUGUUUCUGUCCAUGUUUUUUUUUCUUUUCAGUCCAAUGAUCAAGAAAAUAAUGCAACAAAUAAGAACAAUAAAUUAUCUAUUUUUGAA